AUGAAGUUAAAUCUCCAUAAUUUUCUCCUGCUUGUUUUAAUAUCGGCUUCUCAAACGUCAAUAUAUUCCAAUUUGAAAGGUAACUUGCAAUCUUUUGUGCAAGGAAUAUUAGAAAAUAAGGAUGCUGCAAGUAAUGCUAUUCUUAGAAAUAAGCUCGGCGAAAAAAUCGAUGGAAAAAUUGCGAGACAAAAGGCGAAAAUUGUUACGAGAGCUAAAGAAAUUGAAGUAGAUCUCAAUGGCAUAGGCAUAUCGGAAGCUAGACCUUCGGCUAGUAAAGAAAGGCACCAUAUGGAUCCCGUACUGAAUUAUAUGAAGCGAAGGCACGGUUCUUUAAGGAGGACGAAAUCUACGUCGCUUUCUGAAAGUUCCUCUUUAGAGCAAAAGAAUUGGAAAGAUGAGUGGAAAGAACAUUGGAUACAGAAGAAAUUGGAAGCAAUUAACGCUACGCCGAUUCGAGGGGAUAAUGUUAACAUGCUUGGUGCUAGGCCUUGGGGCGUUCCCUGUGGUGAUCCAAACCAGCAUGACAUGCCUUGGGGGACGUGUAUGCUGCCUAUGGAAUGUGAAGCUGAAUAUCGCAUCUAUAGAGGUGAUUACUUCUGUGGUCGAACUCAGUUCGUUUGCUGUUCUUUGCAACUUACAACAUAUGACAUGUAUCAAGGAUUCGAUGUUUCAUUCGCUGAUUCAAGUUUGGCCACAGAUUCAGAAGAGAAGAAGUACAGGGACAGAGGUUCAAAAGAAAAAAAGCGCAGUAAGACAUUGAGAGAGAGAAAAAAACGUAGGAGGCAAAGACUGAAACGUAAACGUAAUAUAAAGAGAAAUAUUAAGAAAAUUACAAAGGAGAUCAGGAAGAUAUUGAACAGAUCCUAUAGGAAUCGUACGCUCGCGGGUAAGAGGAAGACUAAACAACUGAAGGCGUUCGUUGAGAAUCUAAAGAAGCAGUAUAAGAAUGACAGGAAGUCUGUGAAAGAUAUUCACGAAUUGGAUUUGAUGAAGCUGGAUGCCGCAUUGCAAACAAAGUUGGAUCAAAUAAGGACUAUGAACCAGGACUUCAUAAAUAACAGCACGUUUAGAGAUAUCAUUGUGAGUGGGAAAAUGACUAAGGAAGGUGCAAGAAUGUUAGCAUCGGCAUACCCAGAACUGACGAGCUAUUUAAAAACGAGACGGAGUGGAACUCCACCGUUAGAUUACAUGGAUUAUGAUGUAGAAUACGGAAUGAUUUAUUAUUAA